AUGCGGUUCCUCCGCUGGGCCGGCAUCCUCGCCCUCAUCGCCUCACCUGUCGCCGCAGACAGGCUGCUACAGUCUCACGCCCUCGUUCCAUGUUCCAACGAUGGCAUCAUUUCCAUUAACCAUUUCGAUAUCGUGUUCACGCCCGAGAACAAGAGUGCCGUCGUCAGCUUCGACGGGUCAGCCACAUACUCGGGCAAGAUCCUGAUCGACCUCGACCUAUACAUCUACGGAUACAAAGCAGCCACCAGAACAAUCGAUUCGUGCGAUCUCAACAUCGAUGCAUUCUGCCCGCUCAGAGACACCAGCCUGAAGAUAUCCAACGUCCCACUGGAUCUCUCGUCGGUCAACUUGUCGGGUAUCCCGGGCAUUGCAUACCAGGUCCCCGAUCUCGAUGCGGUGGUCCGCCUCCAAAUUCGAGCCGCCGAUACCGGCAAGAAAAUCACCUGCCUCCAGGCCAGCGUCAGCAACGGCGUGACGGUGAACCAAGCAGGCGUGGCCUGGGCCAUGGCGGUGCUCAUCGGACUCGGUCUGUUGGCGACGGUGGUCGUGUCGAUUCUCGGACAUGCUAAUAUCGCCACCCAUGUCGCCUUCCGCACCUUGCUGUUCCUGGGCUUCAUGCAGAGCCAGGCGAUGUACGGCAUGACGGCGGUCGACCAGCGCCCGCUGGUGCAAUCGUGGACGCAGAUCUGGCAGUGGACGAUGGGCUUGGUGGGUGCCGGCUUCUUGCAAACUAUUUGCACAUGGUUCCAGCGGGCCACCGGCGGCACCCCCUCUUCGAUUCUUGCGACGACCGAUGAGUAUUCGGUCAUUAUGCAGAAGCGCUCGUAUGUUCCGGGCUCGCUGGUUGCCCGCGCCACGGAUACGACGAUAAAUGGAGGCGAAGUGGAAGUGCGUGGGAUCGAGCGCGUGGGUUUCCGAAUUAACAUCGAGCCGACCAACAUCUUCAUGACCAGCUACCUGUUUUUCUACUUUGUCACGGUCGUGUUCCUGUUGAUGAUCUUGUUCCUCAAGUUUUGCCUGCCGAGAAUCGCCAACAAGGUGAAAAGCCCCAAGCUGGAAGGCACGAGGGUCGCCACUUCAGAUUGGAAGGAUUAUAUGCGCGGGAGUCUGUACCGCCUGGCCUCGAUUGGAUACCCGCAGAUGUGUGUUCUCGGCCUCUGGGAACUCACCCACCGAGACUCGGCUGCGGAGGUUGUCCUGGCCAUCUGCAUGUGGCUCACCAUGACCCUGAUCCUCGGCUGGGCUAUGUGGAAGGUAUUCCAGCGCGCGCGACUCUCCCGCACACUGCGACAAAACCCCGCCUAUACGCUUUACUCGGACCCCGUCUGCCUGACCCGAUGGGGCUUCUUGUAUGUCAACUACAAGGCCCAAGCCUUUUACUUCAUGAUCCCGCUCUUUCUCUACACCCUCGUCAAAGGCCUAGUCAUCGCCUUCGCACAAUCCCAUGCCCUGGCCCAAGCCAUUGUCCUCCUCAUCACGGAAGCCGCAUUUUUAGUCACGACCUGUGUGAUCAGACCGUACAUGAACAGAACCGCCAACAUCUUCGCGAUCACCGCCGCCGUGAUCAACUUCCUCAACGCGAUCUUCUUCCUCUUCUUCACCGACGUCUUCAACACCGCCGAGCUCGUCUACGGCGUCAUGGAAGUCGUCUUCGCCUUACUCAACGCCGUCUUCAUGGUCGCCCUUCUCAUCUUCUUCCUCCUCGUCUUCUACUAUGUCGUCACUCUCAAAGAGCCCGCCGAGCAAUACACGCGUCUAUCCGACAACCGCGAGUCGAUGCGCCUGGCCGAGGAUCGGCGGAUCACCGAACUGCAGCCGCUGGAGAAAAACCUCCAGGUCGAAGACGGCCACAUGACGUCUAGCGGAAACGUCUGGGAGCCCCUCUCGACGCGAUCCCACUCUGACGAGAUCACCGAUGUCCCGCGACAGUCGUAUGCAAACGCCGUGCAGCCGACUCUACCCCUCAUUUCAACCAGCGACUCUGAAAGCUCGCGGUCCAGGCAAUACGACCCGCCGCGUCAAGAAGAGCGGAUCCUCUAA